AUGGUCGUAGGAAAAAAGAUGGAACAGACAAAAGAUGAGUUUAAAGAGGUGGGGGCAGGUCGAGAAAGGAGAAAUGCCUGGAACAGGAGAAAACAUGCAGCUACAGUGGAAGCCACUGCAUAUAGAAUAGCAGGUUUGGGGAAGCCACUGAUGGGCUGGAAAAGGCGUGGAAAAGAAGAAAUGGCGAGCAGCACUCUCAUGGCUACACUGAAGGAACUUCAUGCAGACAAGAAAAAGCUGCUGGAUCAUGGAAAAACACACGAGGAAGAAGAUGAUGAUGAGGAAGAUGAGGAUGAGGAUGAGGAUGAUGAUGAUGAUGAUGAUGAUGAUGAUGAUGAGGAAGAAGAAGAAGAGGAGGAGGAAGAAGAAGAGGAGGAGGAGGAAGAAGAGGAAGAGGAGGAGGAGGAGGAAGAAGAAGAGGAGGAGGCAACUGAGCUUCCCAGCAAUCAAACAGAAACAGACUCCUCUAUUUCAGAGCCUCCUGCUGAGUGUCAGACUGCUGACAGAGAAAUCAGCUGCAGAGGCAUCGGCCUGACCCUCCUGCCGGUCUUCCAGAACCCGGAGAUCACAAGGCUGGAUAUGGCAGAGAACAACAUCAGAAUCCUUUCUCCACAAACAAUCCUUGGCCUGCCAUACCUGGACACGUUGGACCUGAGCCAGAACAAACUAGAUGAUGAGUCAUUCAGCCAAAACCUUCUGUUAAACUCAACUUCUUUGAGAAAACUGUAUCUAGAUAAUAACCAGCUCACUAAGAUCCCAGCAUUACCACCUUCUCUGGAGGAACUCAAGAUUAACAGGAACAAGCUUAGUGGACUCACACCUCACUGCUUCAAAGGUCUGGUAAAUCUACUCAGUCUGGGGCUGGAGGAGAACAUCCUUCAUGAAGGCAGUGUGUCACCUUCUGCUUUCAGACCACUGCGGAUGCUUGUAGAGCUGCAGCUGGAAAACAACCGAUUCCGUUUCCUCCCGCUGGGUCUUCCUCGCUCUCUUCAGGUUCUCAAAAUGAGUCAAAAUCUGGUUGAAGAGGUGACGGAGGAGGCACUGAAGCUCUCCAUUCAUUUGAGAAUGCUGGACCUGAGUCACAACUACAUACAUGAGCAAGGCAUUGCUACCCGUGCCUGGACCCGUCUGAAGUCCCUGGAAACUUUGGAUCUGUCCCACAACAAGUUCACCUCUGUGCCAAUGAAUCUGCCUCGCCCUCUCCGUCAACUCAGCCUCCACCACAACAACAUCAGACACAUUCCUGCCUUCACGUUCCGUCACCUGAGACCCGGCCUCCAGUCCCUACAUCUAUCCCACAAUGCAUUGGGCAACGAGGGCGUGGAACAAUUUUCUUUUGUUGGAACUUACCGGUCACUGAGUGAGCUGUUCUUGGACAACAACUACCUGGAAGAGGUUCCUGGAUGUGUCAGACAGUUUAAGAACUUGCAGGUGCUGAGAUUGGACAACAAUCGGAUCAGGAUGGUGAGGAAGUGGGGCGUGUGUCACCCUCGUAAUCCUGGCUCCACUUUGGCUUCAGUCCACCUGGAAAAUAACCUCCUGGAAGUGGAAAAGAUUUCCCCAAAUGCCUUUUUCUGUGUCUCUGACACCCAGGGACUGGUCCUCUAUCCACAGUUAGAGAAACAGGACAGACAUAUAUAAACUGACACACACACACAUCCUAUCCACUGAACAUGAGUGAAUUGACAUGACAUACAGCCACAGUUUUGUUUCUUUUUUCUCAUUAGUGCAUCUUGGAAUAACUCAUUAAUUAAAUAUAGUUUUCUGGAAAAAUAACAUUACCAUGUAGCUUGGUAAGUCAUUUCAUCUCUAAACCAAUUUCUCCUGUUUUCUUUUAAAGCCUUGAAUAGGGAAAUGGCUGGAACAUUUUGGCAUGCAAAAGAGAAAAUAUAGAAUCCACACAAAACUAAAGGAAAAUACUUCUUAAAAUGUGUAAGGAUAGUAAAUUACAGAAUCUGAAUCUGCUCGAAACACAGGUUUAAAUCUGUCUUUCCACUUAAAUUUGUGAUCCUUUGUGACUUUUACAACCGAAAAGGAUUCAUUUCUGUCUCCAGUCUAAAUCUAAAAUACUAGCAGAGCUUACAGGGAGAGCCUUUAAUCAGGUAUAAAUAAAGUCAGGGUGGGACAUGGAUACAGAUGAGUCAUCAAAUUUAGUCUAAGGCAUCCAUAAAAAGUGAAUAAAUUUCUAGUGACACAGUAUGAAGCUAAAGGGAUCAUUAAACAUCACAAUGGUCCCCCAUCACCAGGGCUCCAACAUAAACAUCCACAACCAGCUACUCAGUAAGCAUGCAUAGGGUCACUCUGACUGUGAAGGGGGCCUCAGUCAGGGUCUCUAAACAUGCAGAGUAGACGUCAGUCAUGGCGGGAUUGUGUUGAGUAAUUGGGGUGCAAGUUUGUAUGGGUUUGAAGAGCAGAGAAGCCAAUUAUAGUAUUUGGCCAAAGAGUGGGGGAAAUGAGAAAAAGGUGAGGAACAUGUCAGAGUAGAGAAAAACUACGAGAAGAACAACACACUGGGUUUUAGGACACAAUUGAGCCAUUGUUCAUAGGAAGUCUCUAAGCUGAUGGUUAAAAAAUAAAAGGGAAAGCAGCUCAUAUCUAGCUGAGUCCAAUGAGAUGUGGCCAGAAGACAGAAAAGGAAGAAGAUUUGAAACAGAAGGAAGACAAAGUGGGUAGGACAGACAGCUAGAGAACAUUCUGAUCUCUUUCCAUUUAGAAAAAGAAACCACCAGCACUCUUGAUCUAAAGAUCUAAAUGUUCUCUUUGCCUCUUUUAUAUAUCAACCUCUCACAAUGCACCGCUUUGGAGCCUUUAGAUAGUAAUCAUCUCAGCUGAUUCAAACAUGCUUUAAAAAUGGUAGUGAGAUAUGAGUGGGUGCAUUUGUCUCAGCAAUGGCAUGCUAUGGGGAAAAAUGAAUAAGGAAUGUGAACUAAAUAUAUGAACAGUUUAAUUAUAUCCACUGCUUUACAUUGGGUCUUACAUGAUAAUACAGUGUUUCACUCUGGAAAGAUAGAUCUAACUCAAUGUUUCUUGACCACUGAUGCAGUUUGAGCAUUCAUAAUAAAAAGAUGGAAAACUCUUAUUAAAUUGUAAAUCCACUUGUAGAAAGACAACACAUUUCACUGUUUAUCACUUACAGUAAAGGAUACAAUAAAAUAACAAAAUGUUGAGCCAUGUUCAUUGAGUAAAGUUGUAAUUUAUAGAUGGUGCAUUUGCUGUGAAAAGGAGUUGGCCGGAGGUUUAAGGUUUCAACAGAGAGCAGUUUUCCUGCAGCUCUAAAUGAAGAACAGAAGGUCUCCUGCAGACGUUUGACUUACAAACUUAAUAUGAGGGACAGAGGGUGAAGCUUGGCUAUUGGAAAGGAGAUGCCGAUGUGGACUAUGUUAAAAGAACACAUCACACAUAUUGUUGUUAAAUAUUUUAUUGUACUGUAUCAACAGACACGUACACACAUUCACACUUCUCACUGUCUGUGCUUAGGCAUGUAAUCACAUGUUAGCUUUCUGCUCUUAGCCCUGUGCAUGCGGUGCAGCCUCCAUAAUUGUACAGUCAUUUUGUAAAUAGCACAUUACUGUCUAAGAAACUACACAUUCACAUUUAUACUGCAGUUCCUUAACAUUACAGUCUGAACCAAAGCUUUGCACAAAAACAAUUAAAAGCUGCAUCAAUUCUCUAUUUAAACGCUCCCAUCUUUGUAGUUUCUACACAGAUGGCUG